AUGAUGUUCCCUGGCCUCCUCUCCUCGAGCGACGGGUCUUCGUCGAAACGGUCAAAAUCCCACACCAACGCCACCACCUCCACCAGCAGCAAGGCCAAGGACCAUCACCAUGCCUCGCUCCCCGGCUUCAUCUUUGAAGAGUCGCAGCUGCCCCCUCCCCCGCCCGAGGCCCCUGAUCUGCGGGAGCUGAACAACAGUCUCGAGGCCCUUGCCGCCAUAUUUCCCGACGUCCAGAUCGAAGUCUUUCGCGAGCUCCUAUCCAACUUUGAUGACGAGUCACGUUUGGCUGUCGUCGCCGAUGCUCUGCUCAAGAACCGUGUCACCUGGGUCAAAGGUCGGUGGAGGGUGGAGAAGAAAGGAGAGCAGUCCGAGGCUUCGAUCCCUACGGGCGAACUCUUCCGAAGCAAGGAGUAUAUCAAGGCCGUGCAGUCCCUUGCCCUCCACGAAUUCAAGGGCCUGCCACGUUCUACGAUCCACGCUGUGCUUGCCGAGUCCAACUACUCCUACUUGGAUGCUCGUCAGACCCUGGUCACGUUGUCAUCUAAAUCAUGGCGAUUCACCAUAUCUGCGCUUUUCCUGCGCCGAAAGGCGGUGGCUACAGGCGAGGCUCACCAGCACCCUCUUGUCGUCUGGCGGUCAUCCGGCCAUGGCUCCAUUUUCCCCGCCAUCCGGGCAACGGGGAAUGCGCAGCUGGACCGUGAGCUCUUCUCCCAACUCAUUGUGCCCAUCAAGGAGCGCGAGAAGCAGGAGCGCGAAGCCAAUGACCGCGACCUGGCAGUUCAACUCAACAACGAGGAAGCCGAGGCUGCAGAUGCCACACAUGAGUGUGCAUGCUGUUUCAUCCCCGGCGCAUUCGAGGAGUUUACGAACUGCAACAGCGAGGGCCACAUGAUUUGCCGCCGGUGUGUGCAGCACUCGAUCAAGGAAGCCGUCUUUGGCCAGGGCUGGCUAAGCAGCAUCGACCCUGACACUGGCACCCUCAAGUGCAUAGCAGCUGAUGGGAGUGGCUGCUUGGGUCAUAUCCCGAGUGACCAUAUCCGGCGGGCUAUGGAGCACGAGAGUAAAGGAGACGAGAUCCUACGCAAGCUCGACCAGCGUCUCGCUGAGCAUAGCCUGCUCGCCUCCGGCUUCCCUCUGAUUCGUUGUCCAUUCUGCAACUACGCUGAGAUUGAUGACAUUUACAUGCCACCCAAGGUCACCAGAAUCCGACUUCGUCUCGACAAUGUUAUCCCCCUCACGUUCCUCUUGAUCUGCAUGUUGUCGGCUCCGAUUCUAUCACCAAUUAUCGUCAUAGCCACAGUAUUCUGCCUAAUGUUCAGCUCCCAGCACUUAUUUGGAGGCCCUGUCUCCGUCGAAUGGAAGAAGGCCGUCAACCGUCACCGCCGUCGAGCUCGCGGUCUCAAGUUCACCUGUCAGAAUGCGGAAUGCGCGCGGACAUCCUGCCUUUCGUGCAACAAGGCCUGGGCUGACGUCCACGUCUGCAACGAAUCAUCGCUUGUUGCACUGCGCACUCAGGUGGAGCAGGCCAUGAGCAUGGCCGUCAAACGCGUCUGCCCCCGCUGCAACACGUCCUUCGUCAAGAAUGCCGGGUGCAACAAGCUGACCUGUCCCUGCGGGUACAAGAUGUGCUACGUCUGCCGCGCUGAUCUCGACGACGAGGGAUACCGCCAUUUCUGUGAUCAUUUCCGCCCCGACGGCGAUCCGACCCCUUGUAAGGAAUGUGAUCGUUGUAACCUUUGGGAGUCGGAAGACACGGAGAGGAUCCUCCGCGAGGCCCGUGAAGAGGCCGAGCACAACUGGAAACAGAAGGAGAACCGCGAUCUUUCCGGGGCCGACGUCGCCUUUCUGGAAACCGGCUUCGCCGCAGGCAAGAGAGAUAAACCGGCAACGAAAUAUUCCAGUCGUUGGUCGGUGCCUACUCUAGGUGAACUGUUUGAUUUCGUCUUGAACACCAUAUUCAUGUGA